AUGAAGACGAUAGUGGUAUUGAUUGCUUUGGCGGGUAUUGCCUCAGCUGCUCCCGCAUCACCACAAGGAAACGGUUUCAAGAUCAUUGCAAGCAGAUCACCAUCAUUCAUCAAAAGGCAAAAGAAGUCUCCGCAACAGCAGGAAUCGUUCAUCCCACAAUCACCAGAAUCCGUAUCACAAUUUGAAACCUUGCCUGAUGACUUCAGUGCUGACGUCAAUGGCCCUACUGCUUCAGCCAGGAGCCACUCUGGAUUUAAAGGACCAAUUGUCGUCAAGAAAAAAUCCGGUUACCACUACUAUCGAAAUUCCGAAGAGGAGCGCGCCGCUGCCGAUCCCCAUGAAAACUGUGGCAAACAAAUGAGAGUCAAGUUAUGUAAUUCACAUGUGAAUAGAAGAUCAAACGACAUGAUAGCGGCCACAAAUGAUAACAGAAAUCCUAAAGAUGACGUCGAACUCAGCAUGCAGGUGGCAGAAGAGGCACUCCAAAGCUUACAAAAAAACAUGCAAAAAAUGGAAGAAAACGGUCAAUGGAAACAUGGACAAUCGGAAUUGGACACUACUAUGCACCAAAACAUUGAAGCUGUAAGGCAAGCGUUACAAAAUGUACAAGGACGUAUAGGAAAAAAAGAAACAACGAAUUUACAAGCAACAACAUUGAAGGAUACUAAGCUCGACCACGCAGGUAUGAAACAUGGAAAAUUCGGAAAGUCAUCUGAUGUGGAUAUCGCCAUGCAAGAAAGCGAUCAAAUGGAUACGCUCGAGACAGCUGAGAAGUCGGCCAAGGAAAAUAUGCUUCAAUGGAAACACCAUGAUAAUGCUAGGACUUCAUAUGGUGGCUAUGCUCUCGGUGGGCUGAAUUUGGGUGGUGCAAGCGGUGUUCAUUUGGCUGGAGCUGGGGGACCGGCAGUUGGUGUUUUCCCACAUGCCAAAGUGGGUGGUUGUGCUAUCCCCUUGCUUCUCAGUUGUUCCCCUUCGGUAGUUCAAGGCAGUUUGGCUAAAUCUCACUCGUCAUAUGCUGCACCUGCUUACAAGGAAAGUGAUGACUUGAAUUCGAAGAAAAAACGCGACGCUGUCAAGACAAGUAAAGACCUUACCAGCAGCAAAAUGAAAAUGCCAACAAAAAAGAAUACGGAAAUUUUGGAGACAAUGCUUUGAAUUGCCGUGUAUACGAUUUUUGAGAAUAUGACAAUUUGUACUUUUUUACUUCAACUGCAUCACAAAUAAAGC